AGAUGUUUCGUUGUAUAUAUCUCCUGGCGGAGGAUUGCUUGUCAGUUGUCACCUACUCCUUUUUUUAGUUUUUGCACUCUCUUUCCAUGCUUCUUUAAAACUCUCUCUCCCUCAAGCGAAACACAGAGUCCAGAAUUCAUAGAAUUUUCAGAAAUAAACAUAAAACAUUGAGCUCUGUUUCUGAUUUUGUAAUGGAGAAACAUAGGUGUAAGUUAUGCUUGAAAAGCUUUGUAAAUGGAAGAGCUUUGGGUGGCCACAUGAGGUCUCAUAUGUUGAAUAUUCCAAUUCCUUCUAAAGUCAAAGAACCAACGAUUCAACCGAGUCAAGAGUCCCAGGCAGCUUCAGCUUCGUCUUCAUCGGACGAAGAUGAAGGGCAGAUAAUGGGUCAGUGUUAUGAGCUUAGAGAGAAUCCAAAGAGAAGUGCUCGCAUGGUAGAUCCUGAGUUUGUGGAUGCUGGGUCGGUUGUUCUCCAAGACAGGGAAAGUGAGACCGAGUCGUCUAAGAACCCAACUCGGAGACGAUCUAAACGGACUCGGAAAAUACUAGACCAAGAGGAAGAGGAAACAAAGAAGCUUAAAGUUACUAUCAACCAACCGAGUAAGACCGAGUCUUGGCCUGAACCUGAACCGGUGAGUUCGAUCUCUGAUACUACAACCGAAGAAGAUGUCGCUUUCUGUCUUAUGAUGCUUUCAAGGGACAAAUGGAAAAGCAAAGUACAUAAAGAUGAUGAUGACGAAGACGACGAUGAAGAAGAAGAAACGGAUGAAUCAGAAGGGUACUUUAAAUUAAGCCAGGUUAAUAACAGAACAGCUUGGGCUAAGUACAGAUGUGAAACGUGCAACAAGGUUUUUAAAUCGUACCAAGCACUGGGUGGACACAGAGCGAGUCACAAAAAGAUCAAAGCCUACUCGCAGGAAACAGAGUUGAAACCAGAAAAUGUGGCUAAUUGUUCAAUGACAGAAAAGAAAAUCCAUGAAUGCCCUGUUUGUUUUAGAGUCUUCUCGUCUGGACAGGCACUGGGUGGACAUAAAAGAUCUCAUGUAACUGGUCAAGCAGUAGCAACAACCAAAACAAGUAUUAAAAGUUGCAAAAAGUUGGGAGAUGGUUUGAUAGAUCUUAACCUUCCUGCUCCAAUUGAUGACGAUGAUGCUAGCCAGAUUGAACUGUCCGCCGUGUCUGAUGCUGAAUUUGUCAGCCAGGUCUAGUAAUGCAAAGAAAAAAAAAUCUUCAUCGCCUUUGGUUUGCACAAGUGUUUGAUCACAAGGUAAACAAAUUUUGGUUGCUCGUUACCAAUCUUUGGGAUCUAAGACUUUUUGCCACUUUGUUC